GUCAGUAUUGAAAACAAAGAAUAUGCAAAGUGUUGUAUUGCUGUUGAUGAUCUUGGUCACUGUUGCGUUUGGUUCCGUCAAGGAGACACCGCAGGAGAUCGUUACCAAGUACAACAACUACCGGACAAUCUGUACUGGACUCGGAUAUCGAAACCUAAGCUGUAACGCGGAAAAAAAAGUGAAACAGACUAUUGCUUUCCAAACAACCCUGAGUAGUAGCCUGCAGAACAUUAAAUCAUACCAGGCAGUUAUAUUUGACACUGUAAAAUUGAACGAAGGAAACGGUUAUGAUAAAACGACAGGUAUUUUUACCGCCCCUGAGGAUGGUGUGUAUACUUUUAGCUGGGCGAUUGCGUCAGCGGGUGGUAAAUAUUUUAUCAGUGAGAUAGCACAUAAUGGAAAGCCCAUAGCUUAUAGCUACUCAGACGGGAGCGGUCGCACAGGUUAUGUUACAUCAUCAAACACUGCCAACAUCAAAAUGAAGAAAGGAGAUAAAGCAGGGAUUAGAGCACAUAAUGGCUACGGCAAAUUUGCUUUGGGUGGAUAUUACUGCACUUUUUCUGGUUUUAAAAUUUAA